AUGUAUACAUACAGUCUACUUUCCUUCACUGUGUUUACGUCUGCCAUAGCGAGGGAGAUAGUCUUUCCUCCGGUAGCAGCUAUUCAAGAGUUCGGCCAAGUUCCGCUCGGCAAAGACUAUGGUGUUGAUAUUGUUACCGGAAGUCAAUUCUCGGGGUUAACUACCUUCGCCAACUUACCUUACGUAAAUUGCCUAGUGGAUGACCAGGCAGAGUCCACUCCUUAUGAUAUAGCGGUUCUGGGUGCUCCAUUUGACACUGGAGUUACCGCUCGCCCCGGAGCUAGAUACGGACCUGGGGGAAUUCGGCUUGGCUCCCGUCGAUUGCAAGGAUGGAAUAUCUAUACUGGGGUGAACGUCUUCGAAAGCUGGGCGAAGAUGGUGGAUUGCGGUGAUGUGCCGCUGACCUGGCUGGACAAUACGGUUGCAUUGAAGCAGCUGGAUCUAGCACACAAGGUAGUAUCGUCACGUCCUACGAAUACCACCAAUGUGGGUGGUGUCCCUCGUAUUCUUACUCUCGGCGGAGACCACACGACCACAUUAUCAGCCCUGAGGUCAACGUACGAGAAGUGGGGACCUGUCUCGGUAAUUCACUUUGACAGCCACAUCGAUACUUGGGACCCUGAGGUGCUAGGUGGUGGUAUCUCUCACUAUGCCGGGGUCAACCACGGUACUUUCCUGCACAUAGCCCAUGAAGAGGGUCUUAUUCGCAACACUUCAGUCCAUGUUGGUACCCGUGCCCCGGUCAUACGUCGAAAGGGUGAUCUCAGGAAUGAUAUCCGCUGCGGGUUCGAAAUCAUCAAGGCCCGUGAUUUGGACCGACUUGGGGUAAACGGAGUCGUAGAAGAAAUCAAAUCCCGAGUCGGCGAUAGCAAGGUGUAUAUCUCUGUGGAUAUUGAUGUUUUGGAUCCAGCUUACGCACCUGCGACUGGGACGGCAGAGCCUGGUGGCUUUACUACACGGGAGCUUCUUUCCAUCUUGGACGCUCUACAUGGUCUGUCAGUCAUAGGCGCAGAUGUUGUAGAGGUCGCACCCAUAUACGAUACGACAGCUGAGACGACAACUUUGGCUGCCGCCGAAGUGGCCCAUUCGUUGCUGUAUCUGAUGGUGGAAACACCGGUGACGGAUAGUUGA